AGAGUGCGACAUGUUGAUGUUCCCUGUUUCCUUGCAGAGAGAGAGAGAGGAGCCGUUGUUCAGUGUACGGUGAAGGGGACUGAGGCAGGAUGCCCCGGAAGAGCGAUGAAGGAGAGGGUCCAUCCCCAAGGGGAACCGGGUCCGGGUCGCUGCCCAUCCACCGGCACAGGGAACGGCUGGUUCAGGCGGUCAGGGACCAUCCGUUCCUCAUAGUGAGCGGAGAAACGGGCAGUGGGAAAACCACACAGUUACCGCAGUAUCUGUACCGGGCAGGACUCGGAAGGCAUGGAAUCAUCGGGGUCACACAGCCGCGGCGGGUCGCUGCCAUUUCCGUGGCUCUCAGAGUAGCAGAAGAGAUGAACUGCACUCUGGGAAAGAGAGUGGGCUACCAGGUUCGCUUCGAUGACUGCACCUCCGAGGAUACUGUGAUAAAGUACAUGACCGACGGCUGCUUGCUGCGGGAGAUCCUUCAGGACCCAGAUCUCAGUCGGUACAGCAUCAUCAUACUGGACGAGGCCCACGAGAGGAGCCUCAGCACAGAUAUUCUCUUCGGUUUGCUCAGGUCCAUGUCGACAUGGGUGCCAUCGUCACAAGAGCGCAAGGUUCCCCUAAAAGUCAUCGUGAUGUCGGCCACACUGGACACCAAGAAACUCUCGGAAUUUCUGGGCGGCUGUCCCGUCUGCCAUGUGUCUGGCAGGACUUACCCUGUCAAGGAACUAUUCUGCAACCUGAUUGGACCGAAAGACAAAGAGAGCUCAGGGUUUGUUAAAGAGGUUGUAAAUGUCACUUUGGACAUUCACAUGAAUGAAUCAGAAGGAGACAUCCUGGUGUUCUUAACAGGGCAGUCUGAGAUUGAGCGAGCAUGUGACUUGCUUUUCCAGAAGGGAGAAUCAAUUGAUUACCAAUAUGAUGUGAGGGAUAGAUCGGUUGAAGGGCUGCUCAUACUGCCACUAUAUGGGUCUAUGUCAACAGAUCAGCAGAGAAAGGUUUUUCUUCCUGCUCCACCCCACAUCAGGAAAUGCGUUGUUGCUACUAAUAUUGCAGCCACUUCCCUGACCAUUGACGGAAUAAGGUAUGUUGUAGACUGUGGCUUUGUAAAGCAGCUGAAUCACAAUCCGCGGGUUGGACUUGACAUACUGGAGGUGGUUCCGAUCUCAAAGAGUGAAGCUGUGCAACGAGCAGGAAGAGCUGGAAGGACAUCUGCUGGGAAAUGCUAUAGGAUCUACAGCAAACAAUUCUGGGAGAUGUGCAUGCCUGAUCACAUGGUACCGGAGAUCCAGAGAACAAGUUUAACGUCCGUGAUCCUUACCCUGAAGUGCCUCGGAGUAAACAAUGUUAUUGGGUUUCCAUACCUUGACAGUCCAGAGGAGAGGCAUAUCCUGGAGGCGCUGAAAAAGCUGUACCAGAAUGAUGCUAUUGACAGGACAGGCUGUGUGACCAAACUCGGGCGGCUGAUGGUGGAGUUUCCUCUCCUGCUAUCUCUGACACGGGCGGUAAUAAAAGCAGCGGCGAUUGGGUGCGAAUGUCUUUUGCUUCCGGUGGCUGCUCUGCUUUCAGUGGAAAAUGUUUUCAUCCGACCAGGGAACCCAGAGAAACAGAAGGAAGCUGAGCUGAGGCACCGGGAGCUGGCGCUGGAGGCUGGAGGCAGCAAUGACUUUGUCACCUUACUCAACGUGUUCAAGAGGUGCCGAGAGAGUGACUCCCCAGCUUCUUGGUGCCGUGAACAUUGGAUCCACUGGCGAGCAAUGAAGACUGCAUUUAGUAUAGAAACACAGCUACAAGAAAUACUCAAUAAACUGAAACAGAGGAAGGACUUCCCCGUGGAGACAUUUGAUGGCUCCAAGCCUGAGCUACUGAGGAGAUGUUUAUGUGCUGGGUAUUUCUGCAAUGUGGCCAGAAGGUCUGUUGGUAAAACCUUUCACACCAUGGAUGGACAUGGAUCAGUUGUCCACAUUCAUCCGUCUUCUGUCCUGUUUGAUCAAGAAAGCCAGCUCGAUUGGAUCAUCUUUCACGAUGUUAUGGUCACAUCCAAGAUUUAUGUGCGGACACUGUGCCCGGUUCGUUAUGAGUGGGUGAAGGAUCUGCUGCCCAAGUUACACGAGAUUGAUGUGUACCAGCUGAGCAGUGUGGCAAGAGAUGAGACGAGCACAGGCACCACCCAACAGAGUAAAACACUACAGAAGACCAAAAAACAAUCAGACCAAGCCCUACAAGAAGUCCUAAGGAAGCUGGAAAAGAGGAAUGAUGAGAAGUCCAUAUCUGACGCAAAGGCUCGAUACCUACAGCGCAAGCUAGAUAAGUCGCAGAACUGGACGGGCCAGUGAAGGUUCAGAGGGGAUGACAGAAAAUGAGGAUGCCACACGGGAGCCCCAGAUGCCAGUGCCUGACUAGGGCUGAAUGAUGCACAUAUUCACAACCAUUUCCAGGCUCCAAAGGAAAAAGGCUCCAUAUCUCCAUAAGGAAAUUAAUGAAUACCAGUUGAUCUCCUGUGGCAAUGCACAGAUGGAGGACAGGUCUACUACUCAGAUAGUGGGGUUAGAGCGGAGGCAAAAUUUUAAAUGUGUACAUACUUUUAAAAUUUGGUUCCAUCAUAAAUUACAUUUAUAGUCGAAGGGACCUAUGUAAAUGUCAUGCUGAAAUUGCGUCCUCUCGCCACUGCAGUGCCUCCUUUCACAGGAAGGUGUUAUUACAGCAUAACCAGUUUUUGUGCGCAGUUUCCAUUAUAAAUGUGGACAUGGGAAUUUAUAAUGGAAAAAGUUGAUAAGGAGUAUAUGCAGAUGUAAGAUUUUUAAAGAUUGAUAUAUAUAAAUACCUAUUAAAUCCUUUUCAAUUGCUGUCAACCAUCUUGAAGCAUGAGAAGCAUCAAAUAGUUCAAAACCUCUAACGUUGCUACCUGAGAAUUGCAAAGCUACCUGGACCUUGACUUUCUUCCGAAAAAACUGAGUAUCUAAAUAUUCAACAUGUAACUGGCUUUUAAACAGGUUGGAAUCUAUUGGACAGAGGAGCUUCAUAUGAGUUAGUUAUUGUGCACUAAUAUUUGUACAAUUUAUAUUGUGCUUUUAAUGUAACAGUCACUUUGAAGCACUUCACAGAAAUGGAGAAAGAUUAAAUAGAUGAUAUUAAAUUACAGUCAUUUCAAGGCUGUGAUUUAUGAAUAGGUGCUGUGAUCCUUUUUUGUUGAACUCAGAUUUAUUUUUAUAAAGUAUGAAAUUGAACAAAAAAAUUUGUUUUAUAAGUACCUUUUGUAAAAAUGGUCAAUUCUUUUUAAGAUUGAGAAUAAAAUUUAAAUUCUUUAAAAUCCAUAAUAGGGAGCAUCAAGGCUGAAUUAUUGUUUUUAAAUAAAUUUAGGAUCGACCCUUUUACAGCAGAAUCAGGCAGAGAUGACGAGGCUACUGGGACACCAUGCUAUUCUGAUUACUGCAUAAGCAUGUUC